AUGAGGCGUCGCUCGCACUCCAAGUUCGCCGAGGCUUCGGCCGGGGUGCCUCACACAAAGACCGUUGCUCAGCUUCGGACGGAGGUCGAUCUGCUUGAGAACGCUAUCAAGGAUCGCAAACUCUUGUUCCUGGACCUGUGCGAGCAGUGGGGUGCGUCGGCGACCGCGGACGAAGAAGCUACUCAGGUGCCGCCCCCUGAAGAUCCCGUAGCAGAGGCGCGCCGACUCGACACCCGCAACGCCUUCCUGCGCGAUGAGCUUAAGGUUUUGGACGCGAUAGAGAAGCAGUACGCCAAUGACCCGCGCGUACGUGACAAGCGCAACGAAGUGCGACUGGUGCAGAUGCAGAUUGCCCAGGUAGAGCGCGAGAUCGACACGCUGCAGAAGGUGAAAAAGUGGCGCGACGAGGGUCUGCGCGCGAUCGGGCGCACAGAGGAGCAGACUCGACGCAUGCGUGGGCAACAGCACGAGAUGAACGCGCAGCUGAAGGAAGAGGUGCGGCAGGGAAUGGAGGAGCUGCGGGAACUAGAAAAGGUGGACAUGGAGGUGCAUACGCGGCUCGCAAGGCUGCAAGAUCAGGUAAAGCUGUCCGUGACAGAGGCUGAUGUGCAACAGCUGCGACAAAUGCUGGAGGCGCAGAAGGCGGAAAUAGAAGAUCUUUCCGGCAAGGAGGCGGCGUGGCGGAAGCAGCGCGCAUCGGUGCGCGAAGAGGACUACCGCACAGUUUCGAAGUACAACAGCGAGUGCGCGACGCUCGCCGAGGAAGAGGAGCGCCUCCAAGCGCUGCUGCGUCAAAAAGGAUUAGAGCUGAAGCGAAGCUAUUAUCUGUUAAAGCGCUAUGGCUCUGUGUCUCCUGCGCCAAUGAGCGACAGAGGUGGUGAUGGAGUGGGGGACUUGCUGCCCUCACCCUAG